AUGAAGCUCCUUUAUCCUACCUCCCUGAAGCUCGACGUAGAGAGGCUUGAAGGAUUCGGCGUUACACUACACCCAUAUAACGUCCACAAACCUAUCCCGGAAGCUCUCAUCGACGCAGAAAUCCUUGUUACCUGGGCCAACACUAAUUUGCAAGAUGCCGCCAAGCGAAUGCACAACCUUCGCUGGAUCCAGUCGCUUUUCGCUGGCCCGAACGACGAACUUGCAGCAGGUUUCCCAGCAAAUGUUGUCAUGACAGCUGGUACCAACCUGCACAAUGAGACCGUUGCUGAGCAUGCACUUGCGCUUUUGCUCAGCGCCGCUCGUCAUCUCUACGAAAUGCGUGACUGCCAAAACCAAGGGGAGUGGCCAGGACACCUUGGGGGAUUCCUACCUGACCGGCCCAAGGGAUCUUUUACGUCUCUAAAAGGCGCCAACAUUCUCAUAUGGGGUAUGGGCAACAUUGGUCGCACACUUGCACCACACUUGACGGCUUUGGGCGCGAACAUUCGGGGAGUUGGGCUUUAUGAAGAGAUCAUUGACGGGAUUCAAGUACAGACCAACGCGGCCUUGCCGAACUUGCUCCCGCAGACUGAUGCCCUGAUCAUGAUUCUACCAGGCUCUAAAGCGACUUGGCAGGCACUUAAUGCUGAGCGACUCGCGAUGCUUCCCAAACAUGCUUGGGUGAUCAACGUCGGAAGAGGGGUCUGUGUGGAUGAAGAUGCACUCGUGCAUGCGCUCAAAAAUGGAAUUAUCGGCGGUGCAGCUUUGGAUGUCUUCCAUAAAGAGCCACUGCCUGAAGCUUCACCUCUGUGGAAAGCACCAAAUCUGAUUAUCUCACCUCAUGCUGCUGGAGGUAGACCGCGUUACUCGGAAGCGCUCAUCGCGGAAAAUCUACGACGCUUUCUAGCAGGACAACCACUCAAGCAUGAUGUGAGGGCAGGAGGGAUGUACUCCACAUUGACCUCGGGAAAGAACUCGACGCUCAAGGCCUCGUUGUAG